CACAUCCCGUAGUAGCGGUUUUGGAUAAUGGCGUCUGUCUCAGAGAUGCGCUCGGUUUUGGGAAAAUGAAGCGCAGAAGAGCUCAUUUCCAGUAAUUCACGCGGCGUUUCCAUUCACGGACUUUGCCUCAGUUCAGGUUCAGAUCUCAGUCUUGACGAAAUGAUGAAGCUUAAGUCAAACCAGACGCGCACAUAUGAUGGAGACGGGUACAAGAAGCGGGCCGCCUGCCUGUGCUUCAGGAACGACACCGAACAGGAGGUGUUACUGGUGAGCAGCAGCAGACAUCCAGACAAAUGGAUCGUACCCGGAGGAGGAAUGGAGCCUGAAGAAGAGCCCAACGUCGCUGCUGCCCGAGAAGUCUGUGAAGAGGCUGGAGUCAAGGGCACUUUAGGAAGACUAGUAGGAAUAUUUGAGAAUCGAGAUAGGAAACAUAGAACGUAUGUCUACGUUCUUAUCGUAAACGAAGUUCUGGAAGAUUGGGAGGAUUCGGUGAACAUUGGGAGAAAAAGGGAAUGGUUCAAAAUCGACGAUGCCAUACAAGUGCUGGAGUGUCACAAACCAGUACAGGCCUCUUACUUCGCGGCUCUACAGGAAGGCUGUCUGAACAGUAACGGGACGCCCCUGGUGGCCACGAUAGGCGGAGGAGACCUGUCACCCACCUACAGCAUUAAUCAGAGCUCCGUCUCUGACAUGAGAUAACUAACGCAAAACACAGACACUCCGGAUGCUUCCACCACUCUUUCUCUUACUUUCAUUACUUUAUUCUGAUUUCAAUUUAUUUUUCUUUCUCACAAAAAAAAAAUCAAAGAAAAAGAAACAAUGGUUUGCCAAGGCUUUUUGAGCGCCGAGAAGGUGGCACAAACAUCAAGUGUCGGUGGAAUAUUCGAUGCGUUUUGUAAGUGUGAUACUUUUGCGCUUUUUUUUUUCGUCCCUUAUUAAAUUCCCCCUAUCAUGCGGACUGUUGCAUGAAUACCCUUUUCGCCCUUUUUAGUGCCCUCUCUGUGGCUCAUGUGUGAGAUUAAACGAAUGCAAGAACUACUUUUUACUGUUGUGAGGUGUACAAUAUACACAUGGUGCGUCAGCAUGUGGCUUUCAGUAUUUUUACAGAUUCGAUUUCCUCUGCGUGCGUAUGUGUGAACGCAUUUUUCGUUAGUUCUCUUUCUGCGGGUUGUGAGAGGAAACGUCUGAAUGGUGGAACUGUGAUCGUUUUGCAUGAACACUGGUAUUUAUUUGUGUUAUGAGGAGUUUGUGUGAUGCGAUGAAUGUUUAACCUGUACUUGGUGUUAAAUCGUUGCUCUUAGCUUACCCCUUUUUUUUCUUCUCUAUUUUCUGGUCAUCUUGUAAAUAACUUUUGAGCCUCUAAAAAACAUCUUUAAUUUAUACUAGUACCUGAUUAGACUGGAGCGUAAUUCUUUUAAUCCAGAACCCUUUAUUUCUGAUGUGUGAAGGAUUUUUGUAUUUAACAUUACAAACUUUUAUGCCACUAGCACCAUUUAAUUGCGACAGAAUUGGUUGAACUGCACUUUGUUUAACAGAAUUGUAAAAUCAGAAUGAUCUGAUUUACUUUUUACUACACUGUUUUUUCAGCACAUCAUAUUGAACAGCAAACACGUUUUAGUAUUAAAACACACGUUAUUUUCAUGAUCCAAUCACUUUCAAAUAGGUCUGUUAGAUAGUACAUUUCAAUGAAGGAAAAUCGAUUGUGUAAACUCGGUCCUGUCCUGAAAAGUUUAGUUCUGACUCCUGUUAAACACAUCUGCUCAGCUAAUUAAAGUCUUAUUAGUCAUACUAGAAGCCUCCAGUUGGCAUGUUUAGGAAAGUUGGAGCUAAACUCUGCAGGACAGUUUGGAAGCUGUUGCUUUAAAGGGAUAGUUCACCCAAAAAUUGUGUUUUUAAAUAAAUGCACUAGGGUUGGGUUGGUGCCAUCGUCUAUCGCUGAUAGACAUCACGAUACUGAGCCGGCAUCGCGAUCCUCCGCCCCUGUCGCAGCAGCAACCCACUCUCGAAAAACACACUUUGGCUGUGUCCGAAACUGCCUACUACUCAGUAGGUACUGCAUUUGAAUUGAAACGUACUACUCGGCUGUUAGAAAAGUACGUUCUAUGAAGUAUGAUUGGAAUUCGGACGUACUACAUCUGCCAUUUUGUCACAGUCAUGUGACCUACCUGUGUCAUCUGCAUCGCUUUACUCCCAUUCAUGAAUUCGCUCGCGGGGCAUCAUGGGAUAGCGCAGCAUGCAUGGGAUGCGCACUUCAGAAUCUCGCCGGAAGUAGUAAGUCAUCCGGAUUUUCGAAUUCUAUGAAUUCGGACAUACUACUCGGCUCGCGUACUGUAUAGCAUGGAAGUAUGCGGUUUCGGACGCAGCCUUAGGCCCAAUUUACACAAAUACGUCUUAGUUUUAAAAUGGCAUUUUAGAACAAAAAUGAUCUAAAUCCACACUGGCGUUUCAUCUAGCAUUUCUGAAAAACUCUCCAUCCACACUAUACUGCUGAAAAUGCACAUCACGUGACCAUACACACACGCGCAAAUGAGCUUGUGUCUGAGCUCCAGGCAGUCAGCGGGUGCUUUGAGCACAAAACCUCAGAGAGCAGUGCGCGUCGUACAGUUUAUCAAGGAUGUACCACUGGAUCUCGUCUCACUAUAGUUGUUAAACUUGAUAUUUAAUUAAUCUUGUCUCUAUCUGACGACUCUUCUGUCUUUUGAAUCUAUCAGGUAACAUGUCACAGCGUCAGUACACUGCUUCAGUCUUUCGCUUUUACACUUGUACUUAGUCAUUUAAGUGAAAACUUCAGAUACUGUUGGUUGGUUCCUGUUGGUUGUGCACCUAUUUACCAACCAAGUUUGUUGACGCCAUUAUAACGACACAGAUCACUCUGCCGAGUCCUGCGGAAAAAGUGAUUGACAGGUGGUAAUUUGUGUGUAACUUUAUUUAUUUAGGAUUUGGUUAUGGGUAAAACGAAGACCAUGCGGGUCAGGUGGUUGAAACAGUAGGCUACAAAUAAUUAAUUUGUUAUGAAUUAAUUAAUUAUUCAUGAAUAAUAAAUUCACCGCUGCCUACGACGACGAUACCAUCAGCCAUCGAAAUGUGUCACAUUAGACAUCGUACAAUGCCAAAUUGGUCGACAUCACCCAACCCUAAAAUGUACUCACACUCAUGCCAUCCAUGAUAUAGGUGACUUUUUUGCUUCAAUAGAGCAUUAAAGAAAAUUUGUAGCUAAAACUCUGGUCAUUGGCGAUUCAUAUAAUGCAAGUCAAGAGCAAGUUUUUGGAGUGUACAUCUUGGGUGUCUUUAAGGUUGAGUACAUUAACAACAGUUUCUCCCUUUUGGAUAAUAUUCACAAGUGGUUCUAAACCUUUAUCAAUUCCUUUUUUUCCCCGUAGAACACAAAGGAAAAUAUUCUGAAGAAUGUUGGAAACUAUCGACAUCCAUAGUAGAAACCAAAAUAAAUUCAAGAUCUGUGGAAGUCAAUAGCUGAUUUUUUCCCAACAUUCUUCAGUGUAUCUUCCUUUGUGUACAACAGAGGAAACUCAAACAGGUUUGCAACCAGUGGAGGAUGAAGAAACGAUGACUGACUUUUCAAUUUUGGGUGAACCGUCUUUUUAAGUGCCACAACAUAUAGGGUGGACAAUGAAAUCACAAACUAGAAGGCUGUCUUCAAAUUUCACCAGGAUUUCUCUUUUUACCAAUCCUCAUAAACCACAAGAAAUCAAAAUGGACCUUCUUUACUUUCUUAAUGUGUUUAAUAAUUGAGCAUAGAUAAUUUCAGUUAAGUUAUUAUUAUAAAGUUAUAUCAAUGAGCAUUUGAUCGUGGAUCAAAUUAAGCCAUUUCUUGAGCAAUACGCAGAAAAGUCAUAACAUUAAGAAAGUAAAAUGGUUUCCAUGCUCAUUUUAGCCAUUAGCUGAUGUUUACAUUUUGUUAAUGCCAUAAUGGCGCUCUAAUAACACUUAGAGAUGUUUAUAUACUAUAUUAUUCGUUUGUUAUUGAAUGAAAUGUCCACAAAACUCGCAUUCGCAGUUUUCAUAUCACGUUUUAAUGAUCAUUUUGAUCAAUCUUCUGUAAGCCCUCAGACUUCCCCAUUCACAUUCUCAUGAUCAAGGCCUUCAUUUUGGACUUCAGCUUAAACUAAUGACGUUUUUAACCUCUCCCCCAUAGCUAUUAACCCUGGACGUUGAAAGAUUUAGAUCAAGAAGUAGUACAGAUCAGGUUUUAGCAUGCAUUUCCUCUUAUGAAAUGUCCGAUACAUCUUCGAAGCCGAACUGCACGCUCUGAAAGCAGCGUUUGGCACAAUACUGUGAAUCCUGAGCCACUGUAGUUAGCCAGAUGUAUUGGUGUCUUGUACAGAUCAAAGGCGAAUGGUUAAAUUCAAUGUAUAGGUAUGGUACAUGUGAGAUCGGCUGUCUUAUUUCCUCAAGACUCGACUUUUUUGUUGCUCCUCUGGGAGAUUUAAGUGCAUUUAAGAUCUUUAUAAAGUAUGUUUGUGAUGCUUUUUACGGUUAGUCUGACUGCAGAGUAAUGGUGAACUCAAGAUCAAGUUCAUUGGUGAUUUAUGUUUACAUGACUUUGAUUAACACCUAUCAACACUAAUGUCAUCGAUCUGAUUGCAAGUCUCUCUUUCACUUCUAGUGUAGCAUGUAAUCGCUAAUCUGAAUUGUUUUCUUGACUGAUAUGUGAUGACGGCUAUACUGAUGUAUUCUCUGUUUUACAAUGGCACAGCAGCAGCAUAUGAACUAUUCAAUGGCUGCACUUAUGUGGUUAUGUAAGCCAGUGUUUCCCAAGACUGUUCCUAAAGGCACACCAACAGUACACAUUUUCAACCUCUUCCAAAUCAAACCUGAAUCAAAUCAUCGUAAACCAUUGAAAUGAAUUAGGGAGAUCAGAUUAGGGAGACAUCCAAAAUAUAUACUGUUGGUGUGCCUUUAGGAACAGGCUUGGGAAACGCUGAUGUAACCAAUAGCAUUGUUGUGAAUGAUUCUCGAAGCACAGUCAUACUAUGGAAACAAAAACCAAGGAUGUGAAAUCAAAACUGCUGCAUCUGAUUUAUAUAAAAUCAUGUGAAAUACCCAUAUCCUUGACGGACAUCUCGCAGAAAGCACCUUAAAUUUCGCCCUGCUUGUGACUCUGAAUGUAAACUUUAGUAGAUCACGUUUUAUUUGGCCGCAUUUUAAAACAGUUCAUCCUUGUAUACGUGUUGUAAUUGGUUUCAAUGGGAUUCUGGAAUUCUGUACUUUUCACUGGAAUAUUUUGCUCUUUCAUUUUGGGAUUGUGAAAUCAACCAGUUUGAGAAUGUAAUAUAAAUGUGCCAACUAAUAAACACCAGUAUUUCACUUAAA